GUGGGGGUUGGGUUUGUUAAGGAAACGGCGUUUGGUGGGAGGACUGGCUGUUUUUUCUCAGUUGUCUUUCCGUCUUUGAAUUGAUCGGCGAGUUAAGCGCUCCGGUUCCUUAGUUGACGGUAGCACGUUCCGACAGCCAGAUCGCGCCACGCUCGAUAAAGCUCUAGCAAACGAUCGCCCUUAACUUGGAAUCUGGACCUUUAGCUGGACCGAGGGGGAAGAGUCGCAAUUUUGACCCACACUGAUCAACAGUACAUCGACCUACCUUAACCAGGGAUCCUCCUCACGGGGAAUACGGACAUCCAAUACUCUACCAGGGAGCAGCAACCGCCAUUUUUGCGGCUCACCUGGCUCGUGUCUUUUCGCCUGUUCUUCUCGAAUGCCAGCGGGCUCGGGCUUCAAUAACCACCCGUUUCCAGCAUCACCAGGGCCUACAUUCGCCCUUCACUCGCUAUCGCAAGCAGCUUUACAGAGGAGGAAAAACGCAGAGAAGGCGUCGAAAGGCUCGGACGAGGGCUCCGCAGACGGUUACUUUCAGAGUUGGACGAAUUCCAAUAACGCAUCACCAAGGGAGAGCAACGAUAUGGCAGAUAAAGUUCCGCUUGAGAAAUCAGCUACUACGGACGGCGUUGGCGUGGGAGAAGUGGAGAACGAGGUCAAGUCGUUCGUCAACGUCUCCGGCGCAUCGGCGGUACCAAACACCGGUUUUGCAGCAGCUGAGGGUGUUCAUCAUGGCGAAGCGGAGGACGGAUCCAACGUCCGAGAAGAACGGCCCACAACUGCCAAUGAAGAACAUGAACUGGAGGAAGCGCACAUGACGGUUCGGUUUCAGCACGUCGAGACGGACGAAGGGCACAUGAUCAUCACCGGGCGCAAGGGUGAAUUGGCAAGGUGUGAAGACGAACCGAUUCAUAUUCCAGGAGUCGUACAGAUCUUUGGAUGUCUUGUUGCGGUCCACCAGGACGAGACGAGCGGCGACCUUGUCGUGCGCCAAGUAUCCGAGAACUCCAAGGAUAUCAUUGGCUGGACGCCCAGGGCUCUCUUCGAUUUGAAGUCCUUCACUGCAUGUUUGACAGAUGAUUCCGCAGAGGAUUUACUCGAGCACCUGGAUUACGCCAAGGAGGACGGCCACAACCUCGACGAAUCCGGUCCCGAAAUACUUAAUGUCGUGGGAAGGACCGCGGAGGGAGAGGAGUGGAAGGCGUGGUGCGCCAUUCACGCCAGUCCCGCGAACAAGGAGUUAAUUGUGAUGGAGUUUGAGUUGGAGGAUGAUCCGCGUGCACCGAUCCCCAGCACCCCUACGAGGGAAUUCGGACCGGAUGACAUCCAUCUCGAGUCGCAGGAGGAGCCUUAUGAGCCAUCCGCGGAUGAUUUGGCGGAGUCGACGACGAAUAUGGCGAAGCCACUUCGACAACUCGCCCGUGCACGACGAACGAAGGGUAAACAAGGUCCGAUUGAAAUCUUCAACAUUCUGAGCCAAAUUAGUGAGCAGUUAGCUGCCGCGACUGACUUGGAGUUGUUCUUGAAGAUCGUGGUGGGUGUCGUGAAGGAGCUGACUGGAUUCGCACGGUGUAUGGUCUACCAGUUUGACGAAGACUGGAAUGGACAGGUCGUUACGGAGUUGGUUGAUCGACGGGUCACCAAGGAUUUGUACAGAGGCUUGCAUUUCCCUGCGACGGAUAUCCCGAAGCAGGCGCGAGAACUGUACAAGAUCAAUAAGGUGAGAUUGUUGGUUGAUCGGGAUGCGCAGACGGCCAGACUUGUGUGCAGGGAACAGAAGGACUUGGAUACACCGCUGGAUAUGACGCAUGCGUACUUGCGAGCGAUGAGUCCGGUGCAUUUGAAGUACCUGGGAAAUAUGGGUGUGAAAGCUAGUAUGUCCAUCUCGAUUAUCGCGUUCAAUGAGUUGUGGGGGUUGAUCUCGUUGCACACGUAUGGGAAGAAUCCGGCACGGGUACCCUUUCCUGUGCGAAAGUUGUGUAGGUUGUUGGGUGAUACUAUCUCGAGGAACUUGGAAAGGUUGUCGUAUGCUCAACGACUCAAUGCUAGACGACUAGUAUCCACGAUGCCGACGGAGGCAAACCCGGGUGGUUACAUCAUUGCUAAGCCGGAGGAUAUGUUGAGUUUGUUUGGAGCGGAGUAUGGUGUUUUGUCAAUUGCUGGCGAGGCAAAGAUGCUUGGUAGCGCACCCAGUUCCGGGGAGGUCCAUGCUGUUGUUCAGUAUCUUCGUGAGCGCAAGUUUCCGACAAUUCAGACGAGUCAAAAUAUUAGGAAGGAUUUCCCGGAAAUUUUGGCUGGGUCGCCGUCGUUGACGUCUAUUGCUGGAAUGCUCUACGUGCCGCUCAGCACGGAAGGUAAUGACUUUAUCAUCUUCUUCAGGGCUGGUCAGUUGAAGUAUAUCCAUUGGGCCGGUAACCCACAUGAAAAGACUAUGAAGCAGGGUUCUAAAAACUAUCUUGAGCCGCGAAAGUCGUUUAAGAUGUGGACGGAGCAGGUGAUGGGGAAGAGUAAGGAAUGGACGGAUGAGCAGGCGGAGACUGCGGCGGUGUUGCAGAUCGUGUACUCUAGGUUCAUCCGGGUGUGGAGGCAGAAGGAAGCAGCUGUCAAGACAUCGAAGAUGACGAAUUUGUUGCUGGGUAAUGCCAGUCAUGAGGUUCGGACGCCGCUCAAUGCCAUCAUCAACUACCUUGAGAUCGCGAUGGAGGGUAACAUUGACUCGGAUACAAGGGAUAACUUGAAGAGGAGUCAUCAGGGCGCGAAGAGCUUGAUAUAUGUGGUCAACGAUUUGUUGGAUUUGACGAAGAACGACUCUGCUUAUGAGCCUGCGCUUCGGAUGGAGGCUUUCGACCUUCGGGGCGCUAUCAAGGAUUCCGUGAGGAUGUACAAGAAGGAGGCCAAUAGGAAGGGAUUGGCCUGGAGAACAGAGUUUAAUGAGCGUUUCCCAGAAGCGAUACUCGGUGAUGAUAUUCGUCUGCGGCAAAUCAUUGGUAACCUUGCGGAGAACGCUCUCAAGUACACCGCUCAAGGACAGAUUACCAUCGAAUGUAUGACCACUGCUCGGCAUGAUGAGCAAAAGACGGCAAAGAUCGAGAUCAGUGUUAUCGACACUGGUCGCGGAAUGAGCGAGGAGAUGGUUCAUUCCGUGGUUGCUGACUUCGAGUCCACGCCUGUUGGGGCUCCUGAGGAUGAGGGUGAGAACAAGGAUGAUAAGGAGGGUACUGGUCUUGGUUUGGCCGUUGUUGCGAGAACUGUACAGAACCUCAAGGGCUCCUUGCGUGUCGAUUCGGAGCUUGGUAAGGGAUCAAGGUUCACAAUCGCUCUCGAGGUUACAACCGCUGCAUUGAGUGACAUUACGGCACCGGAGGCGAGGUUAAGCUCUCCUGGUGGUUCAGACACUUCUCGCGGCCCGUCAAGACGGAACAGUGAUGAAAGCAGCUUCAACGGUUCUGGAAAGAGCGAGUUGGACCGCCUUGUUGACGAGAUUCAGUCUCUGGGGAGCAAUAACUCUUUCCCCGGCUUAAACUCGCCAAAGGAAUCACCACGUAAGCGGCAACCGCCGAAGCAUCCCCCCCACGGACCCGUCACUGGUGUCAAAAUUGAGUCGGAGGGGGUACCUCCUUCCGAAGAGCUGAAGAAGUUGCCGCAAAGACCACCGGCUCUGCGAUCAAAAACGAGUCACUCUCCGCCACGAUCCUGUUCGAGCGUCUUGGGUGGCCGACGGCGAUCAUCCACGAAAUCGCAUGUCAAGACUGGAAGUGACGAGAGCGUGAGUGGUGGUCCGGGUGAUUUGACCUGUCUAAUUGUCGAGGAUAACCCGGUGAACAUGAUGAUGCUCAUCAAGCGACUGCAAAAGAGUGGCGUGAGCACAUUAAAGGCUAACAACGGUGAAGAGGGUGUUGCUGCCUUCACUAAGGGUAGAGGUAACAUCAGUGCGAUCCUCAUGGAUCUCCAGAUGCCUAUCUGCGAUGGACGGACUGCGACGAAGCGCAUUCGUGAGUUUGAGACUCAGAACGCUGAUGGUAAUGAGGGCAUCCCUAUCUUCGCUGUCUCGGCCUCCGUAAGUGAGUCCGAGCAUGAAGAAUUGCGACAACUUGGAUUCAGUGGAUGGAUCCCUAAGCCUGUCGAUUAUGGGCGAUUGAACACCAUUUUGGAAGGUUGUAAUGACAAGACAAGACGCGAGCAGGAGUUAUACACGCCUGGAAAGAACAUUUGGGAGUAUGGAGGAUGGUUGUACCUUAACCAGGACGAGUGAGAGCUGUGAAGGACAUUCAUGAUUUGCGUUUCAUUUGUCGGUUAGGAUACCUUUUUGGGGGAUGGGCUCGGCAUGGUACUGUAGCCAGAUGGGGUUGCAUUCGUUAAACUUACUACUUUUUAACUACACGGAAU